AUGAUGUGCAUGCUCUUACAAUUCUUUGAUCUCAAGCAUCAUUACUUUACCUUCCCUGACUAUCAGUUGGUGCCAACACUAGAAGAAUUAUAUCUACUAUUAGGAGUGCACGUGCUUGAUCAAGCACCAUUCAUCGGUUUAGAAGGGAUUCUAAAACCUAAAGUCAUUGUCGAAGCCUUACAUCUGAAGAGAGCUGACAUUAUAGCAAAUUGGGAGACAAGAAGCAGAGUUAAAGGGUUCCUAGCCAAGUUCUUAUUGGAGAAGGCUCGUUCAUCCUGGGAAGAUAUGGAUUUUCAAGCCUUUAAAGAUAUCUUGGCCCUUCUCAUCUAUGGUUUGGUUCUAUUUCCCAACUCGGACAAAUUCAUAGAUGUGAAUGCCAUCAAAGUCUUUCUCUCUCGUAAUCCUGUACCUACCUUGCUAGGAGACAUCUUGCAUUGCUUCCAUACCCGCACUACGAAGAAAAGAGGUACUAUCUUGUGUUGCAUUCCCCUGCUCUCCAAGUGGUUUACUUCACACCUACCUCGAUCAACAUUGAAGAACGAGCAAAGAUUGACAUGGUCUCAAAGGAUGAUGUCCCCCACCCACUCUGACAUUCAUUGGUGUUCAAGAUCCUUGGCGGAUACCUCUAUCAUUGACCGUUGUGGGGAACUCCCUAAUGUCCCCCUGCUUGGCAUUAGAGGAGGUAUCACUUACAACCCUUGCUUAGCUUUGUGA